CUACAGGAGAUGACGAGAGAUUGCGGACAUACUACAGGAGAUGACUAGAGACUGCGGACACAGUACAGGAGAUGACCAGAGACUGCGGACACAGUACAGGAGAUGACCAGAGACUGCGGACACAGUACAGGAGAUGACCAGAGACUGCGGACACACUACAGGAGAUGACCAGAGACAGCAGACAGAGUACAGGAGAUGACCAGAGACUGCGGGACACAGUACAGGAGAUGACCAGAGACUGCGGACACAGUACAGGAGAUGACCAGAGACUGCAGACAGUACAGGAGAUGACCAGAGACUGCGGACAUAUUACAGGAGAUGACCAGAGACUGCGGACAGGAGAUGACCAGAGACUGCGGACAUAGUACAGG